AUGUCGACGUCACCGAUGAAGAUCACUAAAGAUGCUGCAAGCAAUGGGGAUGAUAGAUCAAAAGGCGAACUGGUCGAGCUCCCACUUACAUCUUACACUCCAGAGGAAGAGAAGGCCGUCUUGCGCAAAAUUGACAUGGUCAUCUUGCCAUUUAUGUGCUUUGUCUUCUUCCUGCAGUAUCUCGACAAGCAAAGUCUGAGCUAUGCGGGUGUCUUUGGUCUCAUUGAGGACCUCAAUUUGACCAGCUCCCAGUACUCCUGGUCGAGCUCGAUCUUCUAUGUGGGGCAACUGGUGUCUGAAUACCCCUUCAUCUAUCUAAUGAGUCGACUUCCAUUGGCAAAGUUUGUGGGCGCUACCGUAAUCAUCUGGGGCAUCAUCUGCAUGUGCCUAGCAGCACCGAAUAACUUUGCUGGAUUCGCCACGGUGCGGUUUCUGCUGGGGUUCAGUGAAGGCGCCGUCUCACCCGCUUUUGUCACCAUCACUAGUAUCUGGUACCGGAAGCAAGAACACAAUCUUCGCACAGCGUUGUGGAUCUCAAUGAACGGUCUAGCACAGGUACUAGGUUGCUUUCUGAUGUAUGGCAUUGGCAAGAGUUCAUCCCUCACAAUUGCUCCCUGGCGGGUGCUAUUCAUCAUUUGCGGUGCGAUAACCGUUGCGGCCGGCGUUGCAUUCUUUUUCCUGAUGCCCAAUGGACCCAAGGAUGCGUGGUUCUUGAAUGCUCGGGAAAGAGAGGUCUUAUCACUCCGGAUGGCACAAGACAGGGAUGGCGGCGACAAGACGUCUUUCUCUUUCGCCCAGCUCAAGGAGACACUCAUGGAUCCUAAAGCGUGGAUAAUCUUCUGGUUUGGUGUCUUGGUCUGCAUGCAAUCGCCCGUUUUGACCUUCGCAUCACUUGUCAUCAAGUCAAUCGGUUACACUAAACUCGAGACAAUGCUUUACACGGCUCCAUCUGGAGCUGUGCAGAUUGUCUUGCUGUGGAUAGGAGCAGGGUUGGUGUAUAUCUUUCCAAACCAGCGAACAUUGGUUGUCCUCGUUCUUAUCAUUCCCCCACUCAUUGGAACUGUUUUCCUUUUAAAGUUGGAUGUUGCUGCUCAAUGGGGCCUGAUUGUUGCAUCAUGGCUGGCUUCCUGUAUCACCGCAUCGAUGACGAUUCUCCUUUCGCUCGCAGCAUCAAAUUUCAAAGGAAACACCAAGCGCGCCGUUGUCAACGGUAUGUUUUUCAUUGGUUAUUGUGCUGGCUGUAUUGCCUCGCCUCAGCUUUGGACUCAUAGCCCUCGUUACACGGAAGGGGUUAUCACGUCGAUUGUGACUUGGUGUCUUCUCUUCGCGGUGGUCAUUCUAUUUCGCUUCUUGUGCACGUGGGAUAAUGAGCAGCGCGAAAAGCAAGCGGCGAACCUCGAGUCCUUCGACGUCAAUCACCAUAUUGAACUCGAUGAGAAUGGCUUGCCGCAAACGGAUUUGACGGAUAGACAAGAUCGGCAUUUCCGAUAUGUUUGGUAG